UAUACAAGCAGAGGAUUUACCUAAUUACAUGGCACAGGGACCCAAACAUACUCUGAAAGCGAUAGUUAGUAAUGAAAAUAUAUAAAAAGCUGAGGGGCUGUGAAAAGGCUCAACUAUUUUUAGCAUGGGAUGGGGACCAUAGUAUUGAAAGCAACUCGUCAAAAACAGAUAUGAAGAAAUCUUAUAUUUCAUUUUGUUAGUUUCUUCAGAGUUGUUGACACUAUCCAUGUCUUGAAAGAGAUGGGGAGGACAGGCAAAUGGCUUAGGAGCUUGUUGACAGGGAAGAGAGACAGAGAAAAAGAGAAGGAAAAAUGUGCCACCAACCUGUGUUUGUCAAAUGGCUCAGCAGCAGAAAAUCCAACCACUCCAGUUUCAGCAACCACCAAGGAAAAAAGAAGAUGGAGUUUCAGGAGAUCAUCAGCUUCUAGGGAAUUGAAUCUUGCAGAAUCUGGUGGUGUCACUGCUUCAGUGACAGUUCAUACUGCCACAGAUGCUGAGAAUGAUCAAAGGAAUCAUGAUAUGGUGGCUGCUGCACCUGAUGCUGUAAUCUGUUUGACUCCUCAUUCCAAUGGAUCAUCAACAACAAGUAUCGAAGAGACUGCAGCCACUAAAAUUCAGUCAGUGUUUAGGUCCUACUUGGCAAGAAAAGCAUUGUGUGCUCUUAGAGGACUAGUGAAGUUGCAGGCACUAGUGAGGGGUCACUUGGUGAGAAAACAGGCCAGGGAGACACUAAGAUGCAUGCAGGCUUUGGUCAUAGCACAAGCCAGGGCUCGUGCUCAGAGAGCGCGGAUGGUGUCAGAAGGAAAUGCUGAUCUAAACUUAUCACCCUACACAAUAACCACACAGGAAACCUUCAUGAAUAUGUAUAAUGAAAUGGACAAUGAUUUGGAAGAGAAUGCCAAGAUUGUGGAGAUGGCUGUUUGUGAAUCCAAAGGCAACAACUCAAGAGGCAGAAGCAGCACUGCAAAGCGUGAGCUUUCUGAGCAUAGAUUUUCUGCUUAUUAUUCAUCAAAUGGUGCAUACUCAAAGGAAGAAAACUACAAUGCAUCAUCACCAGCACCAUCAACACUAACAGAAUUGAGUCCAAGAGCAUGCAGUGGACAUUUUGAGGAGUGUUCCUUCAGUACAGCACAAAGUAGUCCCUAUUACUACUCAGCAGUGUCAAGAGUAGAUAACAGAAAGCUUCCUUUUGCUUUCCCUAGACCAUCCUACACAGAAACCAUGUCCUAUGACUACCCUUUAUUUCCAAACUACAUGGCUAACACAGAAUCAUCAAGGGCUAAAGCCAGAUCACAGAGUGCACCAAAGGCAAGGCCAGAUUCAUACGAGAGGCAACCGAGCCGGCGAAGGGCUUCAGUGGAAGGAAGAAACGUCCCAAGGCCAGUGAGGAUGCAAAGAUCAUCUUCACAUGUGGGUGUCACUGCCCAAAACUACCAAUAUCCAUGGUCAAUAAAGCUUGACAGGUCCAUAGUCAGUGAGAGUGGCUCUACAAGUACAGUACUCACAAACUCUAAUUACUGCACAUGAUCUCAUGGACAUAGCACAUAGGUAAUCACAAUGCACUUUCCACUACAACAAAGGGUACCCCUUUUCCAAUCCAGGGUUCCUUCUUUACCUUUUAGACUUCAAAAUAUAAAUAACAAACUCUGCAUUUACAAAUUCUGAGAUUUUGAUUGAAAUCAAAAUUAGCAGAUUUUCUUCUUGUGUUUA